AUGGAAGAUUUGAGCAUUCAAUAUGUCAACCUGGAAAAAUCUGAAAACCUGGAGAGGCACAGGACAGAGGGUUUCAGCAGCUCUGACACGCUGGUGGUGCGAAGAGGAGCCCCAUUCAGACUCAGUCUGCAACUGAAGGGUCGACCCUUCAACCCCAAGACUGACUCUCUGAGGAUCAAAGUUAUGCUAGGGCGCUUGUAUAUGAUAAUUCCAGUCACAUUCUCCACAAGGGUUUCUUCCUCCCAGUGGAAAGCCUACACAGACCCAGAGGGCCUGAACCUCCAGAGCCCAUCCAUUUUCAUCUCCUCUCCUGCCUCUGCCUCAGUUGGCUGUUACAAGUUUCAGCUCUCUGUGUUCACUAAGGAUGGGCAGCAGAAGUGCGCCUUUGGAAAAUUUAUUCUGCUCUGCAAUCCCUGGUGCAAUGAGGAUGCAGUGUAUAUUCCCUUUGAGGACCAGAGAGAGGAAUAUGUCCAGAAUGACUCUGGGUUGCUGUUUAUGGGAACAGCUGCAAACCUUGUGUCAAGACCAUGGUCCUUCGAUCAGUAUGAGCCCGGUAUUCUGGAGACAUGUCUGAAUGUGCUCCAAGCCAGCCCUCAGCACCAAAGCAAUAGUAAAGUGGACUACCUCAGCCGAAACAACCCUGUCUACAUCAGCCGGAUUGUGUCAGCCAUGAUCAACUGUGAAGAUGACCGUGGAGUCCUGAAAGGAAACUGGUCUGGCAACUUCAAAGAAGGAGUUACUCCCUCCAUGUGGACUGGGAGUGGGGAAAUCUUAAGACAGUGGGCUCAGUCUGGUUUCAGCCCAGUCAAGUAUGGACAGUGCUGGGUGUUUGCAGCUGUCAUGUGCACAGUCAUGAGAGUUCUUGGCAUUCCUUGCCGUGUCGUCACAAACUUCAACUCUGCUCAUGACACCAAUGGCAACCUGGUGAUUGAGGAGUACUACAGCGAAACAGGGCUGAAACUCAACAACAGCAAGGACAGCAUAUGGAACUUCCACCUCUGGGUGGAGUGCUGGAUGACUCGUCCGGACUUGGGAUCUGGAAUGGAUGGCUGGCAGGUUCUGGAUCCGACUCCCCAGGAGAGGAGUGCAGGAGUGUUCUGCUGUGGCCCAGCUCCUGUCAAAGCAGUCAGGGAUCGGCGUAUCGACCUGCUUUAUGACAUCCCCUUUGUCUAUGCUGAGGUGAACGCUGCCGUCCAAACAAUCAUAGUGAGCCAGGGCCGGGUGCACAGCCUCAGCAAAGACACUGAGAGAGUUGGAUCCCUCAUCUGCACCAAAGCUGUUGGCUUCCCUAGACUCCAGAACAUCACAGGAGACUACAAGUGCAUCAAAAGCCCAACUUCAACACUGUCAUCAAGAAGUUCCACAAUAUCAGAAGACUCAACCAUAAGGAGAGCGAGCUCAUCCAAGGGAGUGUUAGUCUUCCUGACCCUGAAAAAAACUCCUAUUGCUGGGGAGCCCAUCCGCUUCACAGUUAAAGUCAUGAACAAGCACCAUGUGACAAAGAUGAUGAAGGUGCAUCUCAAUGCUCAGGCCAAAGAAUACCACCACACACUCUCGAACACCUUCUGGGAAGACCACGGCGUUAUACAGCUGGCCCCCAUGGAAGUCAAAGUGCUGCACCAGCAGAUCCUCCCAGCCCAGUACCAGGGCAUGGUGGGAGAAAACCUGGUCAACCUUGCAGUUGUUCUGGUGGAUAUGGCCAGUCAGGAGCACGCUCUGGCCUCAAAGGAGUUCAAUAUCACCAACCCACAGCUCACCAUACAGAUUGCAGAUGAAGACUCCAUUGUGCCUGACAAGGAGCAGAUGGCCACAGUGGCCUUCACCAACCCAUUUUCUCAGCCGGUUAGUGGAGUACUGACUGUAGCCGGGGCCGGGCUGAUCCAAGGCAAGGUUCACUUCAGGAUGCUCCCACUACAUCCAGGAAAAAGAGUGGAGCGGCGCAUCACUUUCACCCCCAGCAUGGUUGGAACUAAGAUGCUGCAGGCCAGUCUGUCACUGGCAGAGAAUAACUCCUCAAUCAGAGGCUUCAAGAUGUUCUUUGUCAACAGAGCCUAGAUCUAUUUUCAGAGUCUCCCCACCCCCUGUCAUUUCUGAUGUCAGUGUUGUUUUGCCUUUUUUUGUUAGGCUUUAUUAAGUUAAAGAAUGGCAACCAGAUGGCAAAAUCAUCUGCAGAGGAGAGCUUCACAUUGCAGCCUUCCUCAUGUUUUUCUGUAUCUAUGUAAGAUAUUAGUGUGAGUGUACUAUAAGUUAUAUUUAUUUAUUUUGAUAUUUAUUUUAUUUAUGUCUUUGAGCCAAAUCAACCUUACCACUUGAAAAUCUGUAUUUUUAUUUGAAAUUGAGA